AUGUCCGCUGUACAAGAUGAUGAGUUGGUGCCCUCCACCACUGAGGGCUACAAGGUCGGCCAGAGCAAGACCGUAGCUGAGCUCGCUGAUCUCGACAAGGAGGACGAGUCUCUUCAACGAUGGAAGGCAUCUUUGGGCCUUGCUGGAGCUCAAGGAGGACCCGCUGAAGGCAAGGCGAGUUUAUCGAAUCCGUCAAAACAGGUCGUACCUCAAACUCUCUUCUUGGAGUCUCCUACUCUGAAGAAACCAUUGGUUCUGGACCUAACUCAGGGAGCCACGGCUCUCGCUACCAGAUUCAAGAAGAACCCUUUGGUAAUCAAGGAGGGUGUCGACUACAGCGUCGGUAUUACCUUCAGCGUCGAGGGCCAGAUCGUGUCUGGUCUCAAGUACCUCCAAGUGGUCAAGCGUGCCGGUCUCUCUCUCGACAAGAUGGAGGCCAUGAUCGGUUCUUACGGUCCGGCCAGAGAUCCGUACCAGAAAAUCUUCGCUGCCGAAGAAUCUCCCUCUGGUAUGCUCGCUCGUUCCGGUAGCUACGACGUCCGAAGCAGGAUCAUCGACGACGACAACAAGACCUGGUUGGACUUUGAAUGGAGCUUCAAGAUCGCCAAAGAAUGGGCCGCUUAG